AUGGAAGCCACCACGAAGGUGGGGGUCCCUGAUCCAUCGGGCCCCCAGGGCCAUCCCUUGCUUAGCAGCCAGCAGCUAAGGGGUAGCUUCAGAGGGUGCCAGGGACCAUGGAUGAGCUCAAGGCCCCUAUAUUCGAAGCAGGGGUUGUCACUGUCUACCGGAGCUAUAGCUGAUAUGGCCUGCAGUUCAACCUCCCAGGCUCCGCCCUUUCAGCCCACUCUCCAACUACUCCAGGAUUCUGUUCAGGUCAGUUCCCAGCGUAACUAUGCACAGACCUCCCCGGAGACCCCAAGAGUCUCCUCUUCUAACCCCACCGUGGGAGCCCAAGAGCAUUUCCUCAUGGACGACGGGACUCAGACUCUGCCAAUGUGCAUGGACAAUGACGGCACCAACGACAAAGUCCAGUACGGAUUCAACCUCUCCCAGAUUCAGCUACAGAUCGGGAGGGAGAGCAAGGCCCCAGCUAAAGUCCUGGUAGGCUGGGGCAAAGGAACCUGUAACAUUGGCCAGAUGGCUUCUGUGGGCCCCAGGAAGAGUCGAUGGCUACCCUACUUCCUCUCUGGGGAGAGUGGUACAGCUGAAGGUCAAGAUCCUCUUCUGACUGUGCCUCAGGCUCCAGUUCAAAAUCAGGGGCAGGACAAGGGGCUGGGGCUGGCUCAGUCUCCUAACCUAACUAAGACGACUUCUUCACCGACACUGCUCCUUCCAACCUCAAUUCAGGCUUCUCCUCCAGCGGCCACACCUCCGCCUCCGCCUCCGCCUGCUACAGCCGAUCCUUACGCCUACAGUCUCGACCAUCCAACUAACCCCACCGCAGCCACGAAAGACCUGCCGCUUGAUCUCAAGAGCUGUGGCAACCAAUUGCCCCUUCUCUUAGAUCCCUCCAAAAAGGACAAGGUGUAUUUCUCCCUUAAGGAGACUCCUCCCACUCCGGCACCUACUCCAGAAGAGUUUUCAGCCCAUGCCAAGGAUCAAGAGGUUGCCAAGAUGAAGGUGCCACCCAGUCAGCCUGAGGACCCUGCACAGAAAUGUCUGGUCCAUGCCUCCAGGCUAGAUGCCGCAACACCAGCCCUGGAGCCUCUAGAUGCUCUCAAGACACAGCGGAGCAGCCACAGGAUUUACAGCUCCCAGCCAGACAAGCAGCUCCCCUGCUCCUACAACAACAACUGCUCCAACGUGCCGCUGCUUGCCUAUCAAGGAGCCUACAGCAAGCCGUCCCCACCGCUGACCUCCCGAGAGGCCAGGCAGACUCCCAUUUCUGGCGCCCCGACCUGCCAGCUCCAGGAGGCUGUAGAAGACCACGUGCUGGUAUUUGAUAUGGCCACAGGCAACACAAGGAUGGGACUGCUGUGCCACGACCCCACGGGCUCCCGGGCGGUGCUCGUAGGUCUCACACCCAGCCAUCCAUCGGCUCAAAUCUCCGAAAACAUACUGUCUGCUCGGUCACUGCCCAGGCCGAUCCUCUCCCCGAAGAGUGAUAACUCCAGUCUCUGGUCCACCACAGCCAUGAUGUCUAGCCCUGUGCCCUCCAGCCUCUCGUCUGGGAGCUUUCAAGAGGUAACCCUGGCUUGCAAAGAGGCCAGACACAACCUAGAGCCACAGAAUUCCCCUGGCACCGAAACCCCUAUCAGGAUUGGGACACUGGCCAGACCUGUUGUAUCAGGGACACCCCUCCAAUAUGGUGAAAGGAUGCCAGCCCAAGUUCCUGAUCCUAGCUGGUCCAAAUCUGAUGCUGGAAAGAUUGAUGCUGGCCGCACCAUCUGGAUGCUAGACUCUUUCGGGUUGAAAGACAGUUCCACAGUCCAGCCUAGACAAUUGCAGUGGACAAGGUCAGAUCCGGCUCCAGCAGCCGAUAUCCAGACAGCCUCCAGAUCCCUACUCCAGGAGGAAGCAGGCAGCAAUAACCAGAAAGGGCUCAUUCCUGCUCACCCUAAUAGCCCUCAGGCUGAAGAGACUGGGCAGGUCUUCUUCACUGGUCAGAGUUUCCUCAAUGGGAAGAACCUCCUUGUUAGACAGUUAACUGUAGCUGAGCAGGGCUCCCUAUCCAUUCAGCUCCCCUCUGCCCUUACUAAUCCACCUCAUCUCAGUGAGCAGACUCCUCUUCCCAGACAACUUUCCCUCACUAGACAGGUACCACUCACAGGGAGGUCCCCCAUUACCAAAGAGCCUUCUUUUAUUUCUGGAGAACCUGUUCAGCCCUCCACCCAGGAGAGCGAGCCAUUGGGCAGUCCUACCCAUGUGGGGAUAGUCCGAGUACCUCUGGCUCCUGAGGAGGCCUGCAUUUAUGUGAACAGGGAUAAAGCUGGAAACAAUUGUGCUCUAAGACCCAGCAUACAUGGGGCCCCAUCCUGGCAACCUAGUGAUGUCCACAGGGCCAACCAGGAACAACUUUCCCUGAUCACAUUUACUGGCUGUAAGGACUUGCCCGUAUCGAUGGUGGGCAACGAGCCCUUGAGUGGACAUCAGCUCAAGCUGACAGCCGAGGACAUCACGUGCUCGUCAGUGGUUGCACACCUGGGUCUUCUCCGUGGGAAUUGCUAUGAGUUAGUAUCCACUAUGGAUGCUCUGCCAGUGCAGUCGGCGAUACUCUGCCACCACUCAUCCAGUCCCUACCAGAAAAUGUCAGCCAUAGUGAUCGACACAGGCACAGGAUUUACCAAAUGUGGACUGGCUGGAGAGAACCAUGUCCUGAGUGUGGUACCCUCGCAAGUCCAGAUGCUACAACACCCAGCCCAGGGCCAGCCCCAAUAUGUGGUACCCGAACACCAAGAUGGCUCCUACUCAGUAUUGAACCGAGGAGUAGUCUCUGAUUGGGAUGCUCUGGAGGUGCUGUGGCAACACCUGUUCUACUGCAAACUGAGAGUGAAGCCUGAGGAGAUGGCUGUGCUUGUGGCCGACUCCCCCAUCUCACCACGUACCAACAGAGAAAAGGUGGCUGAGAUACUCUUUGAGCGUUUCCAUGUGCCAGCUAUGCAGACAGUUCAUCAGGCUCUGCUGACGCUCUAUGCCUAUGGGCGUACCACCGGGCUGGUGGUGGGAAGCGGCCAUGGGACCUCCUAUGUGGCACCCAUCCUCACUGGGGACCUGGCUCCACUUGACACUUACCGGCUGGAUGUGGCUGGCACUGACCUCACGCAUUACCUGGCUCAGCUACUUGUGGCCAGUGGCCACUCACCACCCAAGGAAGGGCUUGUCAGACAGAUUAAAGAGGCUUGCUGUUAUGUGGCUAUGGAUAUGGCAGCUGAGAUGACCAGAAACCAGGCGCAGGCCCACGUGGAAUUUGUGCUCCCAGAUAAGCAGGUUAUCACACUGAACUCUGAGCGCUUCUGCUGCCCUGAGGCUCUCUUUCAACCCAAUCUGCUAGGAGUCAACCAGCCAGGUCUCCCACAGCUGGCUCUGCUGAGCAUCAGCCGGCUGGAGGCCAAGCAGCGGGAGCAGCUGCUGGCCAAUGUGGUGCUGGAAGGUGGCAGCACCCUGAUGAGUGGUUUCCCCGAGCGCCUGAGACAGGAACUGGGCCCUGGCGCCACUGUGCUGGGUUCUCCCCACCGUGCAGUUGCUGCCUGGCUUGGGGGUUCCAUCAUGGCAUGCCGAGACUCCUUCCAAAGCCUGUGGCUCAGCCGCAGGGAAUACGAAGAAGAGGGCCCAUGGGCGAUCUACAAGUACCAGCUGUGA